GGGCAGUCAUAGCCUGGACUUCCCAGCCUACUCAGGCACUGGUAAACAUCACUUCCUGAGCCCCUGGGGCAUGUACAACAGAAACAAACAAUAGGAAAUAAAAGAUUCAAGGAGCAUACAAGGAGAAGAAAAGAAGAACCUACAGCUGGAGAUAAACUAGAGCUUCUGUUGAAACCUGCCAGGGCCUGGGGGCUCUCCAGGCAUGGCUGGACAUUCUGUCUUGUAUUUGAUUCUGCUUAGUACUCUGGUCAACAAGGGCCAAACCUGCUUUUGUGAUCACUACCCUUGGACACAGUGGUCCAGUUGCUCAAAAACCUGCAAUUCUGGAACCCAAAGCAGACAGAGGCAAAUAGUAGCAGAUCAGUACUACUGGGAGAACUCAUGUGACCGGCUUUGCACCAAGCAGGAGACCAGAGGAUGUAACUGGCAAACAUGCCCCAUCAACUGCCUCCUGGGAGAUUAUGGACCAUGGUCAGACUGUGACCCUUGUGUUGAGAAACAGUUUAAAGUUAGAGGUCUCUUGCGCCCCAGUCAGUUUGGAGGGCAACACUGUACUGAACCCCUGGUGACCUUUCAACGGUGCAUUCCAUCUAAACUCUGCAAAAUCGAAGCGGCUGACUGCAAGGAUGACUUCCGCUGUGACAGUGGCCGCUGUAUUCCCAGCAAGUUAGAAUGUAAUGGAGAAAAUGACUGUGGAGACAAUUCAGAUGAAAGAGAUUGUGGGAGAACAAAGAAAGUAUGCCCACGGCAGUAUAACCCCAUCCCUAGUGUACAGUUGAUGGGCAAUGGGUUUCAUUUUCUGGCAGGAGAGCCCAGAGGAGAAGUCCUUGAUAACUCUUUCACCGGAGGAAUAUGUAAGACUGUCAAAAGCAGUAGAGCAAGCAAUCCAUACCGUGUUCCAGCCAAUCUGGAAAGUGUCAACUUUGAGGUAAAAACUGAAGAAGAUGAUUUGGAAACGGAUUUCUAUAACGAUUUAAUUAGUCUUGAAAAGAAUAAAAAUCAACAAAGUUCAUCACAGGGUGCAGGGCAGAGCUCUUUUUAUGUCCCAAUUUUUUACUCCUCCAAGAAAAGUCGAAAUGUCAGACAUAAUUCUGCCUUCAAACAAGCCAUUCAAGCCUCCUACAAAAAGGAUUCUAGUUUUAUCAGGAUCCAUAAAGUGAUAAAAGUCUUAAACUUCACAAUGAAAGCUAAAGAUCUGCAGCUUUCUGAUGUCUUUCUGAAGGCACUUAACCAUCUGCCUCUGGAAUACAACGCAGCUCUGUACAGCCGGAUAUUUGACGAAUUUGGGACGCACUUCUUUGCCUCCGGCUCCCUGGGGGGCGUGUAUGACCUCCUCUACCAAUAUAGCAGUGAAGAACUGAAGAACUCAGGUUUAACAGAGGAAGAAGCUAAAAAUUGUGUCUCAAUUGAAACAAGAAAACGUUAUGUGUUUUUUACGAAAACAAAAGUGCAUCACCAGUGCACCACUAACAAGCUGUCGGAGAAAUAUGAAGGUUCAUUUUUGAAGGGAGCAGAGAAAUCCAUAUCUCUGGUUCGCGGUGGGAGGAGUGAGUACGCAGCAGCUUUGGCGUGGGAGAAAGGGAACUCUGGUCCGGAGGAGAAGGUAUUUUCUGAGUGGUUAGAAUCAGUGAAGGAUAAUCCAACUGUGGUUGACUUUGAGCUCACUCCCAUUGCAGACUUGGUGAGAAACAUCCCCUGUGCAGUGACAAAACGGAACAACCUCAGGAAAGCUUUUCAAGAAUAUGCGGCCAAGUUUGACCCUUGCCGGUGUGCUCCAUGCCCUAAUAACGGUCGCCCCAUACUCUCAGGGACCGAAUGUCUGUGUGUGUGUCAGAGCGGCACCUAUGGCGAGAACUGUGAGAGACGGUCUCCAGAUUACACAUCUAAUGCAGUAGAUGGGAACUGGGGCUGCUGGUCUUCCUGGAGCACCUGCGAUGCUACUUAUAAGAGGUCAAGAACCCGGGAAUGCAGUAACCCUGCCCCACUGCAGGGAGGAAAACCCUGUGAGGGGGAGACACGGCAAGAGGAAGACUGUACAUUUUCAAUAAUGGAAAACAAUGGACAACCAUGCAUUAGUGAUGAUGAAGACAUAAAAGAGGUAGACCUUCCUGAGACAGAAACAGAUUUCGGGUGUCUUCCCCCAAGGCCUCCAGAAAAUGGAUUCAUCUGGAAUGAAAAGCGACUGUACUCAGUUGGAGAAGAAGUCGAGAUUUCGUGCCUCACUGGAUUCAGAGCUGUUGGAUAUCAGUACCACAGAUGCUUACCAGACAGGACCUGGCGGCAAGGGGACGUGGAGUGCCAACGGAUCGGAUGCCUCAAGCCAGUUGUGCAGGACAUCCUGACGCUCACACCACUUGAGAGACUGUAUAAGAUUGGUGCCUCCAUUGAGCUGACCUGCCCCAGUGGCUAUGUUGUUGCUGGGCCAUCCAAGUACACGUGCAGUGAAGACUCUUGGACACCACCCAUUUCAAACUCACUCACCUGUGAAAAAGAUAUCCUAAUGAAAUUAAAGGGCCACUGUCAGCUAGGACAAAAGCCGUCAGGAUCUGAGUGCAUUUGUCUUUCUCCAGAGGAAGAUUGCAGCCAUGAUUCUGAAGAGCUCUGUGUAUUUGAUACAGACUCCAGCCAUUACUUUACUUUAUCCAGUUGUAAGUUUUUGGCUGAGAAAUGUUUAAAAAAUCAGCAACUCCAUUUUCUACAUAGUGGUCCCUGUCAAGAUGGUCCACAGUUAGCAUGGAGUCUUGAAAGAACAAAACUUUCGUCCAACAGCACAAAGAAAGAAUCCUGCGGCUAUGACACCUGCUACGACUGGGAAAAAUGCUCAGCUUCCACUUCCACAUGUGUCUGCUUAUUGCCCCCCCAGUGCUCCAAGGGUGGAAACCAACUCUACUGUGCUAAAAUAGGAUCAUCGACUCGUGAGAAAACACUGAACAUCUGUGAAAUGGGAGCUAUAAAAUGUGCAAACAGGAAGGUGGAAAUACUGCAUCCUGGGAGGUGUCUGGCCUAGCACAGUUACUGACUUGACCUGUAAAAGUAAUCCCAUGAAAGGGUAGCCUGUACAAACUACAGACUGACAUGCUCGGGAUCUACUGACAGCAAUGUUUUGUGCCAGUUUCAUAUUAAAAUCUCCCUUGUUCUCUUG